AUGUUAGGCCUGUCGGCGGCCGGGCAACUGUCGCCCCAUCGGAGGGAGGUUUUCUGCGAAGGGCUAUUCCUGGUCCUAAAGCUUAGCCCGCACAUGGGUGGCGGACAUGGAUCGUGCACGUGUGGGCCUCCUUACGUAAGAGAUGGGCGCAUCGUCGCAGCUAGCUCACGUGCUGGUGUGACAGCUCGGGAGCGAGCCGCGCCAACACCGCUUGACGAUCGAUCCUCCUGA